AGCCACAUGUCUAUAAUGGCUGUAAAUACAUUAGGAACUUAUUUUGAUUUUCUCUCUCACCCAUCAGAUACUUUGCCAGACAGAUACCCACUAGCAGAACUUCCAGCAGUCACCAGUGACUUCCCAGUAACUUGCUUGACCACUGGUCUGGUUUGGGACGUCAGCUUGCUACCUUCUCUACACAAUCCCACAUCCCCAUCCACUCUUUCCACUAGCCAGGGCCCGCUGGACCUCAGCUCCCCGUCUAGCGUCAGCUGCAGCAGCAGUGGGGAAGAAGAUGAAGGACGCACGUCUGACCCACCGAGCCCAGAUUCCUCAGACACCUACCACCCCCAACAGACUAGCAGGCCGAGGCGCAGCAACAAGAACAGGGCAGGACAGAGAGAGGACAAGAGCGAGGCCACUGUCCCAGCCACUCGACCGGCAUUCUUCUGCAAGCACUGUCCCAAAGAAUACAACAGUCUCGGUGCCCUGAAGAUGCACAUCCGCUCACACACACUACCAUGCGUCUGUCCCACCUGUGGAAAGGCCUUCUCGCGACCCUGGCUGUUAAGAGGACACAUUCGCACGCAUACAGGUGAGCGUCCGUUCUCCUGCCCACACUGUAACCGUGCCUUCGCGGACCGUUCUAACCUGCGCGCACACCUGCAGACCCACGCAGAUGUGAAGAAAUACCAGUGCAGCACCUGUUCUCGAACCUUCAGCCGCAUGUCCUUGCUGCAGAAACACAGUGCGGCUGGCUGCUGUCCCUCCACGGCCUGAGCACACAGGGUCCGCAGGAGCCAUUUUAUUUUAAUUCAGACACGGUGCCUUGUGAGAUAAUAAUGACAGUGCGCAUCACUCUCACGUAGAUGCAAUAUGCGACAGGAGAAGGAUGACGUGACAUUUCAGCGGACUUCUUAAACAUAACAAGGUCAAUACAUUUCCAAAUGCCACAGACUUUUUUCCAAACUAAAUGAAGGAAUUAUGAAUGUUUAAAGUAUAAUAGCUGUUCAGCUAGGAGUCCUGAACCAGGGACAACUGCUGUCAGGUUGGGGGUGGGCUCACAUGUAGGGUAUGUCUCUCAGCAUGACGCACACACACACACACACGCGCAAACAUAAGCACACAGACAGACAGCUGUUACGUGGUGCCGAGGCAGUGUGCUAACAGGUGCCCUGGCCCUGAACGUCACAUCUCUGAUAACAGGUGGCGUCUACCGAGUUCUCUAGAAACACACUUGGAGAGAGUCGUGAUGGACCACAGUUGACCGUGUUGUUUUUCUUAAAAGUUGGUUUUAGUGGGUUUUAACCUGCAUGCACAAGGUCCAUCACUUGUUUUUACUAAUGUUUGUUCUUUUCACCACGUAAUUUUUUUUUUUUACUCUCCUUUAUCACUUUUCCUUUUGUUGUACAGGGACUGA